CUAGUUUAGUCAUCUGUGGUUAUGUGAUAGGUGUUGGCGGGCUAUACGUGCGCGAGUGUUAAUAUUUUUUUACUCGAACGUAAAAGAUUCGUACAAUAAUUUAAAGAAGUUAAAUACAAAGAAACUUCCGUGUAUAAAUAGUAUUCUUCUGUGUCGUGUUGAUCUCAACAAUGUCUGGUUAUGAUGAUAGAUCUGCUUAUCCAGAACAUGGUGAUGUCUACUGGGGUGACCAAGCCUCUCAGAGCUCUUAUCGUUUUGAUGUGCCUGACGACAAUUUUGGACAGGAGCUGAAUUUCCAGUCCUUUGAUGCCAGUCAACCAACUGAAGCUCCCUAUGCAGGGGGCUCAUUAUAUAGUGCUAACCCUUAUUUGGACCCAUCAGGGGGCCCUUCUGGUUAUCAUGGUGACAUAUUCUCUCCAUCUGCACCUUCAGCUGACCAACCUGGGUUUGGAAAUGAUGGUACUUCAACUGACUUUGAGGAUGAGCCACCGCUUCUGGAGGAACUUGGAAUUAAUCCGGAUCACAUCAUGCAAAAGUAUUAAAUUUAGCAGACGACC